AUCACCGAACAGCCCCCACGCUACGUCAGAUGUGCAGUCUUUAGGGUCCCCUAAUUAUAGACGUUCUAAAAUGCGAGCGCCGGCAAGUUAGCUAACCCUUUCCACUCAAAACAAAUUAGAGAAUACCAAGAGGUGACUUCAUUUCAUGCUUUUCCCUCCGUGUCACAGCAUGGCUGUAUCCUCACUGCCAACAUCCAGAUCGGCUAUUGUAUGUAUCUCUGAGACCCCAGGUGCCAAUCUCGCUGUGCGGCAUGGUCUUCCUAUGCCGCUUCCCUUGGCUCCUGGCCAUGUUUUAGUUCACGUCGUUGCUGUCGCACUUAACCCCUGCAACUGGAAAAUGCCCGAUAGGUUUCCGUCCAUUGGCUCAGUAGGCGGUAGUGACUUUGCUGGCAGUAUCGUGGCCCUCAGUGAUGGCAUCGAAACAACACACCCAGGCCUUACCGUUGGCGAUCGUGUCUGUGGUGCGGUGCAUGGCUUCAACCCGGCAGACCAUAAAUCGGGAUCAUUCUCGAACUACAUUGUCGCAACGGCAGAUAUUCUAUUGAAGAUACCUGAGGGAGUGAGAUGGGAGGAGGCUGCAGCUAUAGGGGGGACAGGGAUUGCUACGCUCGGCAUUGCCUUUCGUCAAUAUCUACUGCCUGAAUCGUGGUUUGUAAAUCAAGCCAAGGUGGAUGAAACACUUCCCGUGCUUGUCUAUGGAGCCGGAACAGCCACUGGAACGAUAGCCAUACAAUUAUUGAGGAUACUUGGAUUUCGUCCAUUAGCUGUAUGCUCUUCCAAAAGCGCUCAACUUGCGUUGUCAUACGGUGCGGAAAAGACAUUUGACUACACCUCGUCUACUUGUGCCGCAGAUAUAAAGAGUUAUACAAACAGGCGUCUUGCCCACGUCCUUGAUAUCAUCGCGGACUCGACAUCUAUAAAGCUUUGCUACGAUGCGAUGGGCCGUCUAGGAGGGUCAUAUGUUGGCCUUGAGCUACUCCCCGACGACAGACCGAACCGGCAACUUGUCCACGCUGCUUGGGUCAUGGGUCAGUCUAUAUUCGGGAAGGCCUUGCAGUUGGGUAGGGGGUAUGGAAUACCUGCGAGUCCAGCAUCUCGCCAGCUUGGGAAACGAUGGUUCGCAGAGGUGCAGGAGCUCUGGCACAGAGGUGCAAUCAAACCGCAUCCGGUACGAGUCGGCCAGCAAAGAGGUUUAGAGGCAGUGAUAGAUGGAGUUAAUAUAAUGCGACGUAGACAGGUAGCUAGGGAGAAAUUGGUUUAUUUUCUACAAUAAGCAGGCUUUAUGGAAAGUCGCCUUCUAAAAGUUGCGUAACCUUUUCAAUGUUUCCACGCAGCGAUUCUAUGCUCCGAUUUUGACCCCCUGGACCAUCAGUCUCCAAAGCCAUUACCAC